ACUGCUUACACCAUUUUUUGCUGGGAACAGUUCAUUAGCUGCGCACGUACGACUUGUAUGUGAAAGCGGAGUUGCUAUCGGAGACUUGUUCCAGCUCCCCUCCAGCUAAAAUUCUUUGCUCCUUUGCUCCAGAAGUCCUGAUUUGAAGUAUUCGGAAUAUAAAAGAUUGCCAUAAGAAAUAUGAAGCACCGCAGUGUAAAUAAUAUCGCACAUGUUUGCGGGCCUUUGCUUUUUAACGUUAUCGCAUCAAAUACGAUAUCGUAUCGCACCGUUAGUAUCGCAUCUGUUUGACACCACCUCAAUAUGCGUAUAAAAAUAUGUACUUGUGUUAUAAUAUCUUUUUAAUAAUUUUUAAGCGCGUGUGUUAUCUACGUAUCUUGCGUUGGAAACGCACGAAAGAAAACAGCAUCUAAAUAUAAAAGCUCAACUUAAGGAAUGUCCAAUUUGUCAGAAGAAAUUCGAUGCGGAUUAUAUAAGAAAACAUAUCGACACUGUACACAGUAACGAGCGAAAUUUUCAUUGCGACAUAUGUGGUGAUUCAUAUAAGAGCAAACCUCAACUUAAGCGCCACAUGUUAUUACAUUCGAAGGAACGCAAAGUUCCAUGCACUGUAUGUGAUAAGACAUUUGUCGAUAAAAGUGAACUUAAGGUACAUAUGCGAGUUCAUACAGGCGAAUUACCAUAUGCCUGCCAUUUAUGUGAUCGUCGAUUCAGAAUUAAAGUCCGUCUCACAUACCAUUUGCAAAAACAUGCUAAUAUUAAGCGAAUAUGUAAUGUAUGCGGCAAAGAGUUCAAAACUGGCACAUCGUUAAGAAAACAUUCAUUUGAACAUACUGGCUUAAUGCCAUAUAAAUGCAAUAUUUGCAAUUAUGGAAGCGUGAAGCGUGAAUAUUUUAUUACACAUAUGCAACGCAAGCACGACAAAACUAUGACAGCAGACGAA